AUGAGAAUUCUUUUAUUUGCAGUUUUUGUGUCAUGUUAUGCUCUAGACCGUCCAGAACCAUUUGAUUUCAUAGAAGAUGCCAUUUUGAAAUAUAUAAACCACAGUGUAGAUCCUUGUGAUAACUUUUAUCGUCAUGCCUGUUCGUUCGAUAGUCCGCAUAAUCCAAUAGAAGCUUCUCUUGAAAACAUAAUUGAAUAUGCGAAAAAACUUCAGAAUGAUUCUUUUUGGAACAAGUUAGAAAUUUAUUGGAACUUAGCCUUCGGAUUUAAUUUACACAUUGGGGAUUUCAUCUUUCUCCUGAAAAAUAUCAGGGUCCAUUUGGAUGUAGAUGUUAGACAAGGAAUAUAUGGCGUUAGGGAAUUAGUCAAUUUGAUAGUGGAAGCGGCUGGAAAUCUUGUCAAGGAAACCCCUUGGGCGAAAAAUGAACAUGUCGUUGCUAAAAUUGAAAACAUAACUUCCCAACUGCAAAUCCAUGAUAACUAUGGAAAAGAUUUUCAGCUUGCCGUUGACACUUUAGUCAAUGUUGAAAAAUCAUUUGUAUUGUGCAAAACUAUGUUCGACUUUGUCGAACACGCAGAUCUGUUUUGUUUCCUGAUUGGAGCCAGAACUACUACAUUCCCUGAUCUCAAGCCAUUCUCAUUUAGUCAAGCUGACAAUGGUGUCAAUUUUCAUCCAUCAGUUGCAUUCGGUUUUCCAAAUUAUCACCAUUUUCAGCAUGGUCGGGAAAUGUCAACAAAACUGGGGUACACAGGAACAACUGUAGGGCAUGAGGUGGGUCACACAUUUUUCGACAACCAUGAUCGACUGGAAUUGCUACCCUACUUUUCAAAAUCUGUUCAAGAUUGUGUGCAAAAUCAGUUUAAUUCAACAUGCAUAGAGUUUCAAGAAGCAUCAUGCGCAACUUCAUUCGAGUUCCUAGAUGAAAACGGAGCAGAUAUUUUUGGUGUCCAUAUGGCAUACAAACUUCUGCAAGACUAUUAUGGUUCUAAGAUAACAGACAAGUUUGAACGUCUUCAAAUGACCUAUGAGCAAUCGUUUUUCUACUCCUACGCAAUGUCGUUUUGUAGUGGAACGCCUUCUAGCGUGAGUUUUGUAGACGAUGGAUUAUAUGAAGGUCAUUCUGCCCACAAUGUCAGGGUGAAUGUAGUUGCUCAACAUCCAGCAUUCCAAAAAGCUUUCAACUGCUCUGCAGAUUCUAGAAUGAUGAAGUCGGCUACCAAACAAUGUCACAUAUAUGGGAGUAAGGCGCCAGAGACUCGGAAACGGAGACAUUAA